AGAAGGGUACUUUGAGUGCCUACAGCAUAUUUAAUAAAGGAUAUAAGAAAUUGAUGGGAUAGAUGACAGAAGAAGAUGUUGCAAUCAUGUAUAAUAUGGGAGGAGGAAAGAAAAAAGAAGAUUUAAGUGAUGAAGAUGAUGAGAAGAUAUCAAAAGAUUUUGAAGGAUUAUCAAUGGAAUAAAUGAUGGCUAAAUUAAGUAAGUUAGGAAAUAAAUAAUGUUUUUGUAAGGAAGGAAAUAUAAGAAAUGUCACUAUUAUAUACAUUAAAGAAUUAAAUAAUAAGAAGAUGAAGAGAGAAGAAAAGGAAUCAAAAAAAAUUGAUAAUAUUAAUAAAUGAU